AUGAAAUGUCCGAUCUCGGAACAAUGUCCGAUCUCGGAACAAUGUCCGAUCUCGGAACAAUGUCCGAUCUCGGAACAAUGUCCGAUCUCGGAACAAUGUCCGAUCUCGGAACAAUGUCCGAUCUCGGAACAAUGUCCGAUCUCGGAACAAUGUCCGGUCUCGGAACAAUGUCCGAUCUCGGAACAAUGUCCGAUCUCGGAACAAUGUCCGAUCUCGGAACAAUGUCCGAUCUCGGAACAAUGUCCGAUCUCGGAACAAUGUCCGAUCUCGGAACAAUGUCCGGUCUCGGAACAAUGUCCGAUCUCGGAACAAUGUCCGGUCUCGGAACAAUGUCCGGUCUCGGAACAAUGUCCGGUCUCGGAACAAUGUCCGAUCUUCUUCUCCAUCUUCUCCCGUUUUCUGGUCCCCUGA